GAAAAGAUGCUGUUUUAUAAGCCAUUCAAAUUUUACGAUAACUUCACGUGGUCAAACACCGGAGCCCCAGUCUUCGGAAGUGUGGCGACACAAAAUGAAGGAGAAAAAACACGCAGUGAAGCAGAAGAGGAGGGCAAUGAUGAUGAGGAGGCGCCCCAUAAUGAGGAGAUCCACUUUGAGGCGAUCGUGUCUCUGCGUGAGGUGGAGGUGAGGUCUGGUGAGGAGGACGAGGAGAUCCUGUUCAAAGAAAGAACCAAACUCUACCGCUGGGACCGCGAGCUCAACCAGUGGAAGGAGCGCGGCGUGGGAGACCUCAAGAUCCUAUUCCACCCCGUGAAGAAGAGCUACCGCCUGCUGAUGAGACGCGAGCAGGUGCUCAGAGUCUGCGCCAACCACAGCAUCAGCCCGAGCAUCCAGCUUAAGCCCAUGAACACCUCAGCUAACGCUCUGGUGUGGACUGCCACCGACUACUCAGAGGGAGACGGGAAAGUGGAACAGCUGGCGGCCAAGUUCAAGACUCCAGAGCUGGCCGAGUCCUUCAGACGAGCGUUCACCGACUGCCAGAGCUGCAUGUCGCAGACUGACGCCGCUCAGACGUCUGCCGCCGAGGCGCUGUCUCGAGACUCCAACCCUGUGGUGUUCUUCGACAUCACCAUAGAUGAUGAGCAUGCUGGGAGAAUCGUCAUGGAGCUCUUUGCUCACAUCGUGCCCAGAACGGCGGAGAACUUCCGGGCUCUGUGUACGGGAGAGAUGGGCUUCGGUUACCGCCAGUCCAUCUUUCACAGGAUCAUCCCGGACUUCGUGUGUCAGGGUGGUGAUAUCACCAACCAGAAUGGGACGGGAGCAAAAUCCAUCUACGGAGCAAAGUUUGAGGACGAGAGCUUCGAGGUGAGGCACACGGGGCCGGGGCUGCUGUCCAUGGCCAACCGCGGCAGAGACACCAACAGCUCGCAGUUCUUCAUCACCCUCAAGAAAGCAGAGCACUUGGACUUCAAGCAUGUGGCCUUCGGAUUUGUCAAAGAUGGCAUGGAUGUGGUGAGGAGAAUCGGAGAGCUGGGCACUAAAGACGGGAAACCCACGGAAACCAUCACCAUCUCAGACUGUGGACAGAUUUUUUUGAGCUGUUCUAUGUUUGAGAUUGUGUUCCCCGAGCUCUUGUUAAAUCAGGGAUCCGUUCUUCGUACAUCGAGAUAAUUUGAUAUUUUAAUCCUGAU